GGCUUGGGGGGGGUCUGAGGGAGGUCGGAGGCCCCUUCCCCUAGUCUGCAGAAACUCCUUCCAGAGGCAUCUGUGUAUCCCCGAGCCUGGAACCCUGGGCUGGCGGGUGGCGUGGCCAAGGCUGGAGUAGGAGGAGGCAGCUGUCCAAAGGCCUGCGUGACCAUGGACCCUGGAGCUAGAUUUGGGUUCAGCUUCUGAUGUUGCCACUUACUGGCUGUGUAAUUUGGGGCAAGUCGCUUAACUUCUUUGAACGUCGGUUUCUUCAUUUGUAAAACGAAAAGGAAGCAGGAAGAGCAGGCAGGAGAGAGGCAAGAAUCCCUUCAGGAACCUGCUUUGUGUUGGAUCCACAAGUUAGAAUGCCUUAUGUUUGUAGAAUUGUUUUCUGUAAAUCAAACCGGUCUAAUUUCACAGUUCAAGUUGUUAAAGGGGGAUUGCUCUCUUGUGGCACGUAAGGAAACACUCUGGACAGAUGAAUAAUAAUGGACAUGGAUUGCAUGCUUACUGUGUACCAAAAACGACUGAGAUUUAACAUGCAUCACCUCAUUCAAUCCUUACAGCAACCUUAUGAGGUAGAUGCUGUUAUCAUCUCUGUGUGGCAGUGUGACACCGAGGUAGCAGAGCUGGGCCUGGAAUUCAACCCUGAGGGCUCCCUGCAGCCCAGGAGUGAGCGACAUCGCUGUGGGAAGCCAGAUGAUACGCCUGGGAUGGUGGAGACCAAGGACCUGGCGCAGCUGCGGCAGCUCAACCUGGAGCUUCUGAGGCAGCUGUGGGUUAGACAGGAUGCCAUGCGGCGGUCGGUGGCCAAGGCGGCCUUAGAGUCAAGCCUGGACUUCAGCAGCAGACAUGACUCAGAGAUGCCAUCGUCCCAAAAGACAUCCCCAGUGGUCCCGAGAGCCUCCAGCCCUCAGGAUGCCAACCAAGGUGAUUCCUGCGAUACGUCCUCUCCUGGCGGGGCCAGCUCAGGGUCAAUCUCUCUCCCACCUGCCAAGUGCCAAUACCAGGAGUCCCUGAGCCGACAGAGGCCCUGCUUGCCACCGUUGCUGUCCACCUCAGACUCAAGUGACCCAGAGCGACCCGCAGAGCUGGAGGCACACGCCCCAAGGUUCAUCCUGGAUCAACAAAGCAAACCAUCCAAGAUGGGAAUACCAAGGCAUAGAGGACACACUUAUUCACAGUCACACCUAGAGAUGAGCGGGGGCCAUAUGCUCUAUAUUUCAGCUCCGGAGCCCUCAGCCAAGCCCUGGGGUCCAUGUCAGUGUCCAAGUGUGACCUUCGACAAGGAGUCCCCAGUGCCUGAGAGGAGCUGGCGCUUCAGACCCUACCUGGGCUAUGACUGGAUUGCAGAGUCUCUGGACAACAGCUCGCCCAUCAGCAGCAAGCCUGAGGCCUUCUUCUUGCAGCUGCAGGAGUUCCGGGAAGCCAACAAGGAGGACUGCAUUCACAGUGAGCCCGGACCCCAGUGGCCAGACCCGCGGGAGAGCGACGGCGCCCAGAAAGACCACGAGUGUGUGUACUGUUACCGUGUCAACCGGCGCCUGUUUCUGGUGCCUUCGGAUCCCGGCACCCCCUGCCGCCUGUGCAGGACACCACGGGACCAGCAGGGCCCUGAGACCCUGGCAGAGCCAGCGCAGGUCAGGGUGAGCGUCCCACUGUCCAUCCUGGACCCCCCGCACCGCCACCGCAUCCACCGGCGGAAGAGCUUUGACGCCUCCGACACGCUGGCCCUGCCCCGGCACUGUCUGCUGGGCUGGGACAUUCUCCCUCCAAAAUCCGAGAAAAGCUCAGCCCCCAAGAGCCUGGACCUCUGGUCCUGUGUCACCUCUGAGGCCCAGCCCCGGAAGCACUCAGCCGACCUCUCCCACACGGCCCUGCCAAUGCGGGUCCCGCCCCCAAUCUGCUCAGAACCCCCGGUGCCCCCGGCUGAAGCCCGAGGAUCGGCCACGUGGAGGAAGACAGUGCCCCUGCCAUCCCCUCUGGCCUUCCCCUCUGGGGUGCCCACGAGAGAGGACCCCUGCUCAGAACCCCCGGUGCCCCCGGCUGAAGCCCGAGGAUUGGCCACGUGGAGGAAGACAGUGCCCCUGCCAUCCCCUCUGGCCUUCCCCUCUGGGGUGCCCACGAGAGAGGACCCCUGCCUGGCCUCCGCUGGGGGUGGACUCAGGCCCCACCCUCCUAGGUCGGGCAGGUGGGUAGGCCCAGGCCUAUCUCCUUCCUGGGUUCAGGAGGGGGUUCUCGGGGGUGGGAGGUAAAGGCAUUCUGGGAUGUGUUUGGAAAUAAAGCUCAGCUCUCUGAGCCCCAGAUUCCCACGUGUGCGGGGUCUGUCCUGCUGAUGUUCUCAGUGCCCAGGGGGUGCCCUGGCCUCGGCCUGCCCGCCCCUCACCUGGGGAGACACUUCUGACAGCUGUGCUGAGCGGGCGGAGCCAGUGCCCGAGCGCGGCUCUUUGCGCGGCUCCAACUCUGGGUAGGUGGCCUUCCAGGUGGGGU